CAUAGCCCAGUAACCGUACGAUCAAGCCUUCGUCUACGGUCCGAUGACCCCCAAGGGCUUUCGCAGCCACUGACGAGUCCCCCACUUCUUCCUAGUCCGCCUGAUCCCACUCGUCACUCUGCGUCAUUCCCGGCCAGCCGCAGAAAUUCGCUGACUCUACACACAAUAAGCUUCUUCCCCUCGUUAACGGCCACACCUCCACAGCAAAAAUCGAGCUCUUGUUCGCGCUUCACAUAGCAACUAUCCCCUAUUCCGGUAGUCCCCUCCGUAGUAGUCAGCCGUGCCACUGUGAUGAGCUAGUAGAUACUCCUAGGUCGUUUCGUUCUUCACAUCCAGGAAUCCACCCUCUGUUGUGCAUCUGUCGCGCAAAAUCACCCUAGUCGAUUCAUCUCUCCGCCGUCGCCCUUCGUCCGCCGCGCCCUCGGCCCGUCGCUUCGAUACAAACAUUUUCACGAUGAUUCUUGUAGCAGAAAAGCUUCACCGCUUUCUUCCCGCCACCGAAUCCAGCAACUUUUCCGCCCUUCCCUCCUCCGCCUCCUCCUCCUCUUUCGCCCCUUCCACCUCCGCUGAGCCCCUUCCCCAACUCGUCCCCAUGGGGCGCGCCAUCCGGCGCGCAACUCCCCCCCACCUGCGCAUUCCGCCCAUCUGCACCGGCCCCCCGCUCGCGGGGAUGAUGGACUCCCCGACUUCCCCGCGUUGCGAGGGCCCUUUCUCCCCCGAGGCUAGCGAGCCCUCCAGCCCCUUACCCGUGUCUUUCGGCGGGUUUGGAUCGCUACACGACGAAGACAUUCCGGAUAUUCCAAUUCCUGACCUGCAAGGCCUCGAACCUGCGACAACAGCCAGCGUCGCAGGCAGCGUCGCAAGCACGGGCGACGUCGCUAGCGACUGCGGCAGCGACAGCUUCAGCUGGGGUAACAGCAGCGCGGGCAGCGUCGCAAGCGCUGAUAGCUCUGAUGCGAAAGCACCUCCCUCGUCAUCGUCGUCGUCGUCGUCGCAUGCGGCGACUAAAGGCGGCUACCGGCCCGUGCAUGUGAUCCGCAGCAGCAACGGGGUUGCGACUGCAGUGCGCGCAGUUCAGCCCGCCUCCCCCCCUCUUCCGCCCCAACGCCUGGUCAUUCCCCUUGCUCCCACGGGCCCGCUCGCUUCCCCCACGAUGCUGAGCCCUACUGUUAUGAGCCAGUUCCUCGCUUCCGCCGUCAAUGACCGCAUCGUCCGUUGCCCUCCCCCCGCCCCCGCCUCAUCCGCGCCCUGCGCCACCCCCGUCGACGCGCGGGGAGGAGCGUUUAAGCAAGUCGCAGUGCCGGCGGCGGCAGCUUUUGUGCCAGCGCCGCCAGUGCCAGCAAUGGCGACGGCGACGGUGACGGCUGCGCUGACGGCAAGGCAGGGGGUAUCUGGCGGCGUGGAUGUGGCCGCUUGGGCUAGCGCUGCUGCUAGGGCGCCCCAGGAGCAGCAGCAUCAGGUGGAGAUGGCCGCGUGGCGGAGCCUUGACGAGGAUAUGGACACGUCAGCUGGGGCAGGAGGGAAAACGGCGGCUACGUGGGAGGUGUCAGGGUGGUUCCGGCAGAUGGCGGGGUGGCAGGCUGUGAACGCGGUGGACUCGUCGGAGGAACAGCUGCUGCCGGGAAGAGCGGGCCCACAGACGAGCUUUGCCUGGAGCAAGCCUCAGCGCAGUGAAGGGUGGUAGUGAAUGGCUGUUUGUACGGCAGGUACCUCCAGCACGUAGUUUUCCCCUCCAGCAGCAGACUGAAGUCUGCUUCUUAGGGAUAGCAGUGUUCUCAGAGGGCCUAGGGUCCUCCUAGGUUUAGUCCAUGGUCUAUGUGAAGCGUCAGUUAGCUCCAUAGGACCUAUUGUACACCUGAGAUAGUCAAAUUCAUU